AUGCUGGAGCGUCUAGCUCCUUUUUUGCAGAAGUUUCAACUGCAGCCGUCAAUACCACAACCGUCAAGAGCAGAACGAUCAUCGGAACAACUGGCAUCUUCCUGUCGGAAUGUGCCGUCCAGAGUGUCGGGUCUGUUCCGCAUUGAUCCGAACUAUCCGUUCGAGGAGCCGAUGACGGUGUAUUGUGAUCAGCAGUACGAAGGUGGUGGCUGGACCAUCAUACAGCGCCGAACGGAUGGAUCGGUGAACUUUAUGCGCGACUGGGACAACUACAAGCGCGGCUUCGGGACCCUGCAUGGCGAGUUCUGGCUAGGGCUGGACAACAUCUACCGCCUAACGAAUGUGGCUCCGCACGAGCUGGCCAUCGAGCUGGUAGACUUUGACGGUGCUCGAGCGACGGCACGGUACGAUCUGUUUCGGAUCGGUGCGGAAAGUAUCAACUACGCAAUGACCGAUCUCGGAAGCUGCGUCUCGUGUUCGGCGGGCGACUCGUUGCGUAUUCAUCUGAACGAAAGUUUCUCGACCUACGACAAAGACAACAGUAAGGCAACGUUCAACUGUGCCGCAUCCUUCAAGGGCGCCUGGUGGUUCUACAAAUGUCACCGCAGCCACCUCAACGGAGAGUACUUGCAAGGAAAGCUACCGGACGCGAUGGAUUCCCGAGGACUGAUUUGGGUCGAUUUCCGGGGAACUAAAUAUUCACUCAAAUCCACCACGAUGAUGAUUCGACCACGCGCGAAAAAGUGA